AUGGCCGUCGCGCAUAAACAAGACCCGAUUGUGCUGGUGAUUGAUUUCCACCAUGCACGGGGCCCGGAAAUUGAACACUGCAUCGGCGAUGAGGGGACGAACCCGGCCACCGACAAUGACUGGUCAUUGCUACCCUUCAUGGCACUUUCUGAUGGCGCGCAUCUAUCGACCGAGGAGUUCUCAUACUUCACACUGCGCCGGAAAGAAACACCUGAAGUACCGGCGACGUCCCUCUUCGGCAUUGCUUGCUCGCGCCAACUCGAUGCCAAGCUCCUGAUUAAUCGCCAUCCUGAUGUGACGCGCUCGACCGUGCAGAAGGCCGUUGUGGUGGUAACGGAUAGUCCGCAGAGAGUUGGACAACUGCGGGAGAAGCUCUCUGUGGUGACCUCGGCGUGGUUUGCGCAGCGUGACUUUGCAGAUAUUGAUAUUCUGAAGAAAUUCCGAGAGGGCUUGGUUAUUAGUUUAUCCAAUGAUUCUUCAAAAGAUCAAAACUUAGGCCUUUCUCUGCGAGAGAUGAUUCAUGAAUUCAAAUACCAGACUCUAGUGCUCUUUAAGGGACUAUUAUUGCAGCCGAAGAUGCUAUUUUUUGGUACUCGAUGUGAACGUCUAUGCAUGAUCCAAUUUUCGCUUAUCUCCUUGAUACCUGGCUUGAUCAAUAGCCUGCAAGAUUGUGCAGACCCGGCAUUUGACAGCUAUACACAAAGUGUCGAGAAGCCAACCUCACUGAAGACAAGUGACCGCAGCUCUUGUAGUAUUGGCCUAUAUGGGUUUACCACUGCAGAUUUUUGGCAAGGUAAUUAUAUACACAUUCUCUCGCGCCGAAUCCGAUGUCCUAACUCUCUUCUCAGGGAAGUAUGUUUGGGCCAUAUACCCCCCCUCCAGCAACUGGAUUUGCUGGCCGAUGAUGGUACAAAGUCGUAUGUUGUGGGAUCAACAAAUUCCUUGCUCCUUCAACAAAAAGAUCGCUAUAGCGACAUUUUAAUCAACCUUGACGAGGACAGCAUCAAUAUCUCGUCACUGCCCCUCCAAAGGGCUUUAGCACUAUCUGUGGCCGACAGACGCUGGAUUGACGUUCUCACUCAGAUCGUUAAUGAAACCUGGGAUGAUGCUCAUCCAUCCCGUCCAAAGACGCUGGGCUUCAUGGGAUCGGAGGAAUUUAUUCGACUCCAAUUUGAAGAGUACCUGCUCGCCUUGCUAUCUAGUAUGAAAUAUCACGAAGAGCUCGUAUCGCAUACUUCGGGUGAUUCGCCACACCGAAGCCGAGCCCAGCUGCAGAACUUCAAUAUUGAAGGCGAUCCUGCUCUUGACUUCAAUGCAGAGUUUCUGGCACAAUGGCAGAAAACUUCUAACUAUGCCCUCUUCUCGAGACUUACCUCCGACGCACUCCUGUUCUCAAUCACUGAGCCACGCCACCCAAGUGCUGGCGGGCUGACCAUGGAGGAUAUUCAGCGCCGUCUAUCUCAGCAGGUAGCCGAUCUCCACCUUGAUGAACGAGUGCGCGAAGGCCGCGAGGCACUCGGCCGCCAACUUGCUACAGGACAAAAGAAAGUCAGCGCCGCAUUCAAUACCUUCUGGUCGGAUAUCGAGUCUAUGCGUGAAGCCCAAAGAAGGCGUAACGAGGAGAAAGCCGCUCAAUCACAGCGCAACUCCAUCGAUACCUCGCUUUCCCCACCCCCAACUUCACAGGCAUCUCCCUCGGAGUCCUCCGGAGGCUGGGGACUCCCCGUUCGCCAGAGACCUCCCAUCGACGUCUCCCAAGCGCAGGCCUCAGUCAGCGUCGCCAGCCAAAAAGCAAGCGCAUACUUCAGCUCGUGGGGCUCGUGGGCCAGCGAAAAGCGUAAGGAAUGGCAGGAAAAACGCAGCUCAUCCCCGAGUCCAAACCCCAACACAAUCACCACACCCACAACGACCGCUCAAUCUCCUCCUACCCCGGUUCUACCGAUCGUGACCGAAGCCGAGUCGGACCGUGGUCGUCGUCGCUCCAUGCAGCAACAUCGCUCCACCCCCAGCGAAGAUGCUUCAGAUGGUCUCAGCCGUAGCAACAGCCGCCGAAAGCGAUGGAGUAAUAUCCUCCUUCGUCGCGAGAGCGGCGAAUUCAAGCUUGACGAUACCCCCGAAGCAACUGAUCCGCCUUUUCCUAGAUCCCCCUUGUCUCAGGGCUUCCCGGCCUAUGAGCCGCAGGACUCAGAUGUCAUCUUCCACAAUGAGAACAAUAAACCCGAAGCGCCUGCCGACGACGGUUUCAGCGCUGUGCCUCUCACGCCCGAGGAAGGACUCCGAGUUAAUCUGAAACCGGAUGAGAACACACAGAAACCUGCGGACGAAGAUCUUACCCCUCUACCUGCUAAAGUAGAGAAGUGA